CUCAGCUGCUUCACUCUCAGGUCCUGCUCUACCUGCCCCCUCAGUGUCUGUUUAGUCUAGGUCCCGCCUCACACGAUCGCUUAAUGGGCUCCCUCCUGUUCGCACAGUGCCUCUCUAUGUCUCUCCUUGUAUCGCUCCCCCUCCCUUUCACCCACCAUCUUAGCUUUCACUUUCAUGGUCCUCCGUGUCAGCUCCUUUAGCUCCCCUCCACAAUGCCAUUCCAGUCUCCCUCACUCAAUCUCCGGUAUUGCUCCGCCUCCAACCCUCAUUCCUCAUUUCCUUCCCUCGCCUUCCCCCUCCCCUGCAACUGACAUGACCUAGAGCAGGAUACAACGCCUAUUGGAAAAAACUGAUGGAAUUCAAAAACAGCUUCCACCAUAACCCCAAUGAGCACUGCCAGUAAGACCUCAGCACAGAACAUUUCAGCGUGUGGUAAAGGAGGUCCAUUAGCACUGACAGGCAAAAUAGUAGGAGGAACAAAUGCUGCUCUGGGCUCAUGGCCUUGGCAGGCUGCUCUGGUUUCAAACUAUUUAUGUGGUGCCUCCUUGAUCAGCAAUACCUGGCUUGUUACUGCGGCUCACUGCAUUGUCAAAAAUGAUCCAAAUUCAUAUACAGUUCGUUUAGGAACGCUUUACUGGUCUACAACAAUUAAUAGGCUUAAGCUUCAACAAAUUAUCGUCCAUGAGAAAUAUUCCUCUGCAGCAACGGGUUAUGACAUUGCACUUCUUAAACUGGUUACUCCAGUAACUUUCACAAGUUAUAUUCAACCAGUUUGUCUACCAGAGACAACCAGUAGUUUUCCUGACAAUUCAUCGUGCUACAUAACUGGAUGGGGGACACUAAAAUAUGGAGGGUCUGUAUCUGACAUUUUGCAAGAGGCACAAGUGGAAAUCAUAAACACAGAGUUGUGCAGCAGUUCUCUGAUGUAUGGAAGUACAAUAAAGCCAUCAAUGUUGUGUGCUGGUUAUGUGGAUGGGAAAAUUGAUUCUUGUCAGGGUGAUUCAGGAGGUCCUCUCGUUUCCCAAAACUCAAAUGACUCAUCAUGGUACCUGGUUGGAAUUGUUAGUUUUGGAGAUGGCUGUGCAAAAGCAUACAGGCCAGGGGUGUAUGCCAGAGUUACUUAUCUGCGUGACUGGAUUAAAGAGAAAACUGGUAUAUAGUAAAAUUGCAAAGUGUGAGUGAUAUGUGCUGUACCUGAAUGCUUAGCAUUGUCCUAAUUUAUAGAAAACUACAAUAUCAUAUUUAUUUGUUGUACUAUAAAACUUAAUAUUGUUAUAUUUUAAUACAUUUGUAUUAUUAUUUUGUCUCUGUACCUUUAUCCUGUUCAGAUGAGCAAAUAAAGGCACAGUUUGCUGUACAUAUUUGCCUCUCUGGAAAGACUAUAUGGAAAUUAGGAGGAUUCAGGAAAUAUUAAAUCUGAUUUACUGUAUGUGCAUUAUAUAGAGCAAAGCAGUACUGCAUGACAGAAAUUUUAAAUUACUUUUGUCUAAAUAUUGAUUUCUAGUUGUACAAUUAUUUAUUAAAACCAUUUAGAGAGAACCCUAACAAUUUGAAACUGUUUCAUCAAUUUUUGAAUUCACAAAAGUCCUACACUUAAGGAAUAUGAUAAGAGCAAUUACAUACGUUACUGUAAACAUUCUAAAAUGUGGUGUCUAAUGGCAGCUUCAUUCUUCCUCAUUUUGUUACAUGGAACAGUGUAUAUGAUACAAAUGUGGGAUUUACAAGAAAAUUUGAGGUGCAGUUAGUCCUUAUGUAAUAUGGAGCACCAUACUUUUUUUCAAUAAAAAAUACUGAAUGCCCAGAAAUGUUUCCUCCCCUUUCCUGCUUCUUGAGAUGUCACUGUCUAGAACUGAUAUGAGAGAACUAAUAUGAGAGAAAAAAUAGAAAGCAAAGGCUAGGCAGUGCUGUUUAACUAGAACCCUUUCAUUGAAGGAAAAAACAAAACCAACAUGUUUUCUCUCAGUUUGAAUUCAUAUGAUACAGCACAAGGCUCAAUAGACCAACUCAUAAA